AUGGCAGACGGUGACAAUGCAAGCCCGGCAUCAGCCCGACUGGCUGAUUCGUCAUAUCUCUCGCCUUAUUCGCGUAAUGGUGCUCCAGGCCCUCACCCCAACACAGACCCAUAUGCACCCCUUCGUGCUCGCGCGCUCUCUACUCUGGAGGCCAUGGGGUUUGAUCCUAAGACCAUGGUUGAACAUGGAAUACUCUGGGCCGAACACCAGGACCCGUACGGCCAUGUCAAUCACACCCAGUACAUGAGUUUCUUCUCAGCAUGCUACAUGCGUGUGAUGGAGUUCUAUGACGAGUACCUGAGUAAGGAGGAGUUAGACGACAUAUUUGAAGCUAAAACCGUCGUUCCCCUCAUCCGCAAAUACGAACUGGAUUUUCGGAGACAGGUCAAAUACCCUGACGUGGUAAUUGCCGCCUUCCGCCAUGACUACAUAGAGCCCACGCGAAACAACGGAACCACAGUGCUCUUUUCGCUAAAGCAGCAAGCUGUAGUUGCUCAAGUCCGCGGCUCUGUAACAUACAUGGACGUAAAGACUGGCCGCCCUGUGGAUAUCCGCACGCUUGGUGGUGGUUUCCCUGCGCUUUAUGAAGGAUUCGUGAAGACAUCCGAGAAAGCAAAACUCUUGAGGGAGAAAUGGGCCAAGGAGCAUCCGACACCCCAAAGGGAUGGCAAAGCUAAAAUUUAG